AUGUCACAACCCUCGUCCGCCCCGCGUCUCACACCACAAUUCUGCUUUAACCAGACCGCGCUACGAGACUUUCUUCGGAUAUCACGCGGAACUAUCGACGACUCGAUAACACAGAACCUCAAUGCGUUACUCACGCCUGCACACCGAGGAUUCGACCCGACAUCCACCAGUACGAGGCAGCUGAAUUCCCCAGGAAGGACUUUACAACCCGACCAGUGCGACCAGUUUAAAGAGAAAGUACUGUACCCAAGCUGGGCAGUACGAUCAGAUGUGCUAGACUAUUGCGCUGGAGUCGCGACAUCGCCGGAUCCAGAUGACCCAGACAGCGUACUUCGGCAGAUUGAAGAUGCAAAGGCGCGCGACAGAGAGGUGAACGAGCGGUUAGAUCCAUACUCCGGGCGAUACUUUGCACGGGAAGCGAGGACGGAAAGCUUAGCCAUGCUCAUGCGCAAUGAGAGGGCGGUGGAGCAGAUCAUACGGAUGAGGACAUGGAGUCUGCUGGGUGAGCGUUGUGGUAUCAGUCAUGAGUCUGCAGAGGAGGCCUUUGACAAGUGGAGGGUGACGCAGCGAAGAUAGAGCAAAGGAUGCUCAGCGUAUCAAGGUACAUUGGAUUGCAUUGUUGGAGCCUUGCGCAUGGCGUUGUAGUAUAAUGUAGACUCAACUCU